CUGUUCUAAACUGAGUGCAAAGAACUAGUCUUUCUUUUUGUUUCUUGCCUACUUUUCUCAUCGUGGUGUUCUAAUGGCAGCAGUAUAAAAUUAGGUGGAUUGAUUGAAUCCUGACACAUGCAGUUUUUAUUUUUUCAGACUAGAAAGCCUUUUCUUUGGUACUAAUUUUGAGCUUAUUUGGAAUACCACUUUUGGCUUUUUCCAACAGGAAAUAAAUCAAUUCAAACUUCUUGGUGUCCUUAUCUGCAAAAGAGCAAAAAAUAAUACAAUGGAACCAGACUUUCUCACUGCUUUUGCACAGCCCAGUGCACUUCAUCAUUCACCACCUAAGAAUGACAUUGUUCAAGGAGAAAAGAGGAAAUUAAUAAAUCCUACAUCCUGCAAUAAUGCUAAGCUGGACGAACUACAAAUGCUCUUGAUAGAUUGGAUUAACACAACCCUGAAAGAGGAACACAUCAUAGUAAAAAGCCUGGAAGAAGAUCUGUUUGAUGGGCUGAUACUUCAUCAUCUCUUGGAAAAACUAGGAUCUCUCAGGCUGGAUGUUGAGAAGAUGGCACUGACGGAAAAAAAACAGAAGCGUAAACUUGCUGUUAUUCUGGAAGCUGUGGGCCAGUGUUUACAACUAGAAGAGAGCCAGCUGAAAUGGAGUGUUGAUUCUAUCUUCCAGAAGGACUUACUGAGCACAUUAUAUCUUCUGAUUGCAAUAGCAAAGCACUUCCAACCUGAUCUGCCUAUCCCUUCAAAUAUUAGUGUGGAAGUAAUAAUCAUUGAGCGUACCUUAACAGGAUUAAGGACAGAAAAUGCAGUGGAAUAUAUCACGGAGAAUAGAGAGAAUUUAGAAGGCCAGUCAAAAGCUGAUGCCUUUGAUGAAUUAUUCUCACAUGCACCGGACAAACUGGAUGCUGUGAAAAAGGUGCUUUUGCAAUUUGUCAACAAGCAUGUUGGAAAAUUAGGAUUAAACGUGAAAGAUGCUGACUCUCAGUUUGCAGAUGGAGUUAUCUUGCUUUUGUUAAUUGGACAACUUGGGGGGUAUUUCCUGAAUUUAAGGGAGUUCUUCCUGAACCCAAACUGUGCUACGGAAAUGCUUCACAAUGUUAACCUUGCAGUGGCUUUGCUGACAGAUGGAGGUCUUCUAGAUUUUCCUGUCAAUGCUGAAGAUAUAGUGAACAGAGAUAUGAAGACUACAUUGCAGGUUUUGUACUGCUUGUAUUCCAAAUACAAGACCAAAGAAACAUGAAGAGUGAAACUAAGAGCUAGAUUUUCUUGCUAGUGUAUGCUGGGUUUAAUUUUCAGUCCCUAGCUAUGUGUUUGCCACUUUGCACAUGCGCACACCCUGUAUGACACUUGUUGUAUUAAUAUGCUUUGAAAAGUGUGUAUGCUUGCAAAGUUGCAGUUAUAUAACUUGUGCUAUCUAUAAUAUAAAUGUGUAUGCACGUGCGUAUUCAGGGGCCAGUGUUUUCUGCUGUUCCUUGGCUGUGAAUUUUGCCACAGAAACAGAAUCCACCCCUUGCUUCGUCUAAGGCCCCCAAAUGUUGUAAAGACUUGUCAAUGUGCUACCCCAGCCCCUGCUUCAACACCUCACCCUUUUAUCAGCGAGGGAGCUGGAAGUCAUUUUUAGAACUUCGCACCUGUACUUGCACUGAGGUUGCUGCAGCACCAUGAUGGAGUUGAAGUCCAUGGAUAGAUUCCAAGGGGGCUUGAAGCCCAUAGUCUAAUAACUCCUGUACUACAUUUUCAGGCAGGAUGAUGAGAUUAAUAAUUUUAAAAAAUGGCUAGCGGUAUGAAACUUGACAAGGCAUGAAAUGUUUGAAAAAACCUGCUUGCCUCUUAAAAUACAUUUUACAUUGGCGAGACUAUGCAGGCCAUCCACUCUACAGUAUUGUGGAUUUCCCCGGUCCUCCAUACCUCCUAAAAAACCAUGAAAGAGCCCCCUUAUUUGCCCUUUAAUCUAACACAACAUUGUGGCCUGCUGCAGCCCUCUUCUCCCUGCAACUCUUGUGCACCUACUUAUGGCCAGCCUGAAUACUAGUCUCUGCACUAUCUAAGUGCAAGGGGAGAGUCUAACAUGACUCCACCUUCCCCCUUACAAGGGUGCAUGGAAGGGUGGGUUGGGGUGUGGCUCAUUCUAUCCCAGUAACACUCAGAGUCCAGCACUGAUGGGAGUUUAUACUGAAACCUUUUUGUAGCUGCCACUUCUGAGUUUGCUCUUGUAGGGCACACAAACUGUAUUGGGACUAUACAGGAUACCUAUUCUGUACAAUACCUCCAGCAGCUGCCACUAAGGUAUGCACCCACGCAAUCCCCACCCUAAUGUAACUGUGGCUGCAAAAGCCACAUUCCUCUCCUUUAACUGCCACCCUGGUGUUUAAGUCCUAGGCCCUUUGCGGCUUUCUUCAGCUUCAUUUGACCUUAACGUUAUUUUAAAUUUGCAUUUCAUGUAUAUUUGGCUUUGAAAAAUUAUAAUUAUGCAAAGCUACUGAAGGAGAGAGUUCCACAAACCGCUAUGAACAUCAUAAUCCCAUUUGCAUUGAUGCUAAUUAUCAAGAUACAUUUUACAAAGGAAAAUCCAAUGUCUGGCGCCAACAGGUUACCAAAAAAGAGCACCCUGCUUCAAUAGCAAAAGUUAAUUAAAUCAGCUAUUCCAAAAGAUUCAUAUGACGUACAUUCUUAGGGUUAUCUCAUGUAUGAAUCUCUGUAGAUAUCUUGUUUUAUUCUCCUGAUGGGCUCCAAACAUCUAAUGAAGGGGAAGACCUUAAAAGUUUGUGUUAUUUAUUCACUGAUACGUUUACCGGAACAUUACAUGAAGAUUAGAACACCGCUAGAUUACUGAGGAUACAGAAAUAGAAUGUCCAUCACAGAGGGAUUUAAUGACUCUGGGGACUGGUACUAUGGUAUAGGCACAGCCUUUUGCCGUUAGGUAAUUGGUUAGAAUCCAGCCCAUGUUGUUAGUGACUGGAAGUCAUUACUAGAUGAUGUAUUUUUAGUGGCCUAUGGUCACAUAAACACCACCCAAUACCGGAAACCUACUGACAGCUAUACUUACCUACAUGCCUCCAGCUUUCAUCCAGGACACAUCAUACGAUCCAUUGUCUACAGCCAAGCUCUAAGAUACAACAGAAUUGGCUCCCAUCCCUCAGACAGAGACAAACACCUACAAGAUCGUUAUCAAGCAUUCUUAAAACUACAAUACCCACCUGGGGAAGUGAGGAAAGAGAUUGACAGAGCGAGACAGGUACCCAGAAGUCACCUAUUACAGGACAGGCCCAACAAGAAAAAUAACACCACUGGCAAUCACAUACAGCCCCCAGAUAAAACCUCUCCAGCACAUCAUCAACGAUCUACAACCUAUCCUGGAAAACAAUCCCUCACUCUCACAGACCUUGGGAGGCAGGCCAGUCCUCACUUACAGACAGCCCCCCAACCUGAAGCAAAUACUCACCAGCAACCACACAACAGAACCAGUAACCCAGGAACCUAUCCUUGCAACAAAGCCCGUUGCCAACUGUGUCCACAUAUCUAUUCAGGGGACACCAUCAUAGGGCCUAAUCACAUCAGCCACACUAUCAGAGGCUCAUUCACCUGCACAUCUACCAAUGUGAUAUAUGUCAUCAUGUGCCAGCAGUGCCCCUCUGCCAUGUACAUUGGCCAAACCGGACAGUUUCUACGUAAAAGAAUAAAUGGACACAAAUCAGACCUCAUGAAUGGUAACAUACAGAAGCCAGUAGGAGAACACUUCAAUCUCCCCGGUCACUCAAUAACAGAUUUAAAAGUAGCCAUACUUGAACAAAAAAACUUCAGAAACAGACUUCAAAGAGAAACUGCAGAAUUAAAAUUCAUUUGCAAAGUUAACACCAUUAAUUUUGGCUUGAAUGGGGACUGGGAGUGGCUGGCUCACUACAAAAGCAACUUUCCCUCUCCUGGAAUUAACACUUCCUUAUCAAUUAUUGGGAGUGGACUACAUCCACCCUGAUUGAACUGGCCCUGUCAACACUGGUUCUCCACUUGUGAGGUAACUCCCUUCUCUUCAUGUGUCAGUAUAAUAAUGCCUACAUCUGUAAUUUUCACUCCAUGCAUCUGAAGAAGUGGGUUUUCUACCCAUGAAAGCUUAUGCUUAAAUAAAUCUGUUAGUCUUUAAGGUG